CCCCUGCCUGUUACUGCUCCAAAAGUACCUGCUCGUCGAAACGUCUUGCCGCUGGGCAUCAUCGGGCUUUAGAUAGAUGGGCAAAUUUGCACAUUUGUCACGGUCUGGGUCCAGCACUGGCCAGAACGAAUAUUGAGAGUAUAAGUAAGCUCGUAACCUUCUCCGCUCCCCAUCUUUCUUUUGAGGUUCUGCCGUGUAACAGAUAACUUCCCUUUUUCUUUUUCGAAGUCUCCCCAGUUCAUCAUGGCUUUCUCCUUGCUCCUAGCCGCUGCCGGCCUUAUCAUCCUGUCCAUAUACUAUAUAGUCCAGUGGCUGAUACGAUGUCGACGCCGUUCGUAUAUGAAGAAACAGAAUGGCUGCCUGCCUCCCAAGAAGCUGCCCCAGAUGGACCCAUAUCUGGGGACUGACAUCGUCAUGCAGAAUCUCGCAGCUGCGAAGAAGUAUGGCUUCCUUAACCUCCUCAGGUCUCGACAUGCCGCCAAUGGCCUCACCUUCACCACCAACACGUAUUUUCGAACCACAAUCAACACUUGCGAUCCAACACUUAUCCAGAAUGUCUUGUCAUUCCAAUUCCAAGACUUUGGUAUGGGUCCUCUUAGACGGAAGAGCGCCUCUCCACUUUUAGGCCAAGGCAUCUUUACCACCGACGACGAAAUUUGGGCACACCAACGUGCUCUCAUCCGACCCAGCUUCGUUCGAGCCCAAGUAACGGAUUUCUCCAUCUUCGGUCACCACGUCGACCAACUCAUCUCCCUCAUCAAGCGUCGUAACUACGAGGUCGAUCUUCAACAACUCUUCUUCCGCAUGGUUCUUGACUCUAAUAGCGAGUACAUGUUUGGAGAGUCUGUAGGCUUGAUGUCAGAGAACGCCUCUGAAUCCGCCACCACCUUCCAUCACGCUUUGGAUUACGCCCAACAAGGCACCAUCUUACGCUUACGUCUCGGAAACCUCAUGUUCACUCAUCGGGACAAGAAGUUCCGUGACUCUUGCGAUAUUGUCCAUGCAUACGCUGACAAGUUCGUUGCACAAGCUCUCGAGUACCGACGUAGGCAAAAGGAAUUCCCGUCCGAAAAGAAAGUCGAUGACGAGGCAAUGCGUCAGAAGUAUGUUUUCCUCAACGAGCUUGCUAAGGAUACCGACAACCCAAUUCUUCUCCGGGAUCAGAUCGUGAACAUGCUCUUGGCGGCUCGAGAUACUACUGCUGGUUUACUAGCUUUCGUCUUCUUCAUGUUGGCUCGAAGGCCUGACGUGUGGGCUAAACUUCGUGCCAAUGUACUCGAACAUUAUUGUGAGCCUCUGACGUACGAGGCUAUCAUGGAUAUGACGUAUCUCCGAUAUAUUGUGCAAGAGACUCUCCGUCUCUUCCCGCCCAUUGCCACAAACAGUCGCAUGGCCAACAAGGAUACCGUACUUCCCGUAGGUGGUGGCCCUGACGGUAAAUCGCCACUUUUCGUCGCCAAGCACCACGUCGUCACAUACAGCACAUUCGUUAUGCACCGAAGGAAGGAAUUCUUUGGCGAAGAUGCUGACGAAUUCCGUCCUGAACGAUGGGAAAACCUUCGCCCCGGCUGGGAAUUCUUGCCUUUUAACGGCGGGCCGAGAAUCUGCCCCGGUCAAAAGUUCGCCCUCACGGAAUCAUCGUAUACGAUCGCGCGUCUACUCCACGCAUUCUCCAGUAUCGAGAACCUCGAUCCGACCGAAUGGAGGGAACAAUUAACACUAUCAUUAACGCUGAAUAACGGCGUACAAUGUCGCCUAAUUCCAACAGCCUAAGGGCUUUUCGAAUUACUUUCCCUUUUUGACUCUUUCCUUUUUCGAUUUUUUUUAUUAGUUACAACAUACCCACAUCUCUCAGCGACGGAGCCAUUGCCUCCUCUUGAUGAACCGGAUAUUCGGGGGGCGGCCAUGGUGUUGGAAUACAGAAAAGGAAAAAUUUCGGAGGGGUAAUCAAUCUUACAUCGUUUUUUAAUUAGAUUGUUAGGUACUGGACAUUUUUGCA